AUGCCACUUCCAGCCAUGGGCCUUUGGGGAGCACUUUGCUUUUUAAUUUUCCUGGGCAAAACUUGGGGACAGGAACAAACCUACGUCAUUUCAGCACCCAAAGUCUUCCAGGUUGGAGCAUCUGAAAAUGUUGUAAUUCAAGCCCAUGGCUACACUGAAGCAUUUGAUGCGACAAUCUCUAUAAGAAGUUAUCCCGAUAAAAAAGUGACCUACUCUUCAGGCUAUGUUAAUUUAUCUCCAGAAAAUAAAUUCCAAAACUCAGCAAUGUUAACAAUACAGCCCAGUCAGCUGCCUGGAGAACAAAGCCCAGUCUCACAUGUGUACCUGGAAGUCGUGUCCAAACAUUUUUCAAAAUCAAAAAAAAUGCCACUAACCUAUGACAAUGGAUUCCUCUUCAUCCAUACAGACAAACCUGUUUACACUCCAGACCAGUCAGUAAAAGUUAGAGUCUACUCACUGAAUGACGACUUGAAACCAGCCAAAAGGGAGACAGUCUUAACUUUCAUAGAUCCUGAAGGAUCAGAAGUUGACAUGGUAGAAGAAAAUGAUUAUACCGGAAUUAUCUCCUUUCCUGACUUCAAGAUUCCACCUAAUCCUAAGUAUGGUGUAUGGACAAUUAAAGCUAAAUAUAAGAAGGAUUUUUCAACAACUGGAACUGCAAACUUUGAAAUUAAAGAAUAUGUCUUGCCACGUUUCUCUGUUUCAAUAGAGCCAGAAAGUAACUUCAUUAGUUAUAAGAACUUUCAGAACUUUGAAAUCACUGUGACAGCCAGAUAUUUUUAUAAUAAAGUAGUCUCCGAUGCUGAAGUGUAUGUCUUUUUUGGGUUGAAAGAAGACAUAAAAGAGGAUCAGAAGGAAAUGAUGCAGAAGGCAAUGCAAGUCACAAGGUUGACCAAUGGAGUCGCUCGCCUCACGUUUGAUUCUGAAACAGCAGUUAAAGAACUGUCAUAUGAAAGUCUAGAAGAGUUACAUGACAAGUACCUUUAUAUCGCUGUGACAGUCACAGAAGCUUCAGGUGGAUUUUCAGAAGAAGCUGACAUUCCUGGCAUCAAAUACGUCAUCUCUCCAUACACACUGAAUUUGGUUGCUACUCCACUUUUCUUGAAGCCCGGGAUUCCAUUUUCCAUUAAGGUACAGGUUAAGGACUCACUUGAUCAGCUGGUAGGCGGGAUCCCAGUCAUUCUCACGGCACAAACAGUCGAUGAGAAUCAGGACACAUCUGACCUGGAGCCCAAGAGAAGCGUCACUCACGCCACUGAUGGAGUCGCUCCCUUUGUGAUCAAUCUCCCAUCUGAAGUGACGGCGCUGAACUUUAACGUCAAAACUGAUGUCCCAGAACUUCCAGAAGAAAAUCAAGCCAGCAGAGAGUAUCAAGCAAUCACAUACUCAUCUCUCAGCCAAAGUUACAUUUAUAUUGCUUGGACUGAAAACUACAAGCCCAUGUUUGUGGGAGAAUUCCUGAAUAUUAUUGUUACCCCCAAGAGUCCAUAUAUUGACAAAAUAACUCACUAUAAUUACUUGAUUUUAUCCAAGGGCAAAAUUGUACAGUAUGGCACAAAAGAGAAAAUUCUCUAUUCGUCUUAUCAAAACAUAAACAUUCCAGUGACACAGGACAUGGUCCCCUCAGCCCGACUCCUGGUCUAUUACAUUGUCACAGGAGAGCAGACAGCAGAAUUAGUGGCUGACUCAGUCUGGAUAAACGUUGAAGAGAAGUGUGGCAACCAGCUGCAGGUUCAUCUGUCUCCAGAUGCAGACGUCUAUUCUCCAGGCCAAACUGUGUCCCUUGAAAUGGUGACUGACGCAGACUCGUGGGUGGCACUCGCAGCAGUCGACAGUGCUGUGUACCGAGUCCAGGAAAAGGUCAAAAGGCCCAUGCAAAGAGUGUUUCAAGCUUUCGAUAAGCGUGACCUGGGCUGUGGGGCAGGUGGCGGCCGUAACAAUGCAGAUGUGUUCCAUCUGGCUGGACUCACAUUCUUCACCAACGCAAACGCAGAUGACUCCAAGCAACACGAUGAAUCAUGUGAAGAAAUCCUCAGGCCAAAAAGAGACGUGCAGACCCUCCUGCAGAAGAAAAUAGAAGAACAAGCUGCUAAAUACAAGCAUCGAGUGCCAAAGAGAUGUUGUCUUGAUGGAGCCCGGCAUAACAUCCAUGAAACCUGUGCACAACGAGUUGCCAGGGUCACCAUUGGCCCAAACUGUGUCAGGGCUUUCAAUGAGUGUUGUAUCAUCGCAACCAAGAUCCGACAAGAAGCUUCCCUUAAACAUAUACAGUUGGGGAGGAUGCACAUAAAGACCCUGUUACCAGCAAUGAAAGCAGACAUUCGAAGCUACUUUCCCGAGAGCUGGCUAUGGGAAGUUCAUCAUGUUCCCAAAAGGAACCAGCUGCAGGUUGUGCUGCCUGACUCACUCACUACCUGGGAGGUCCAAGGCAUCGGCAUUUCAGACAGCGGUAUAUGUGUCGCUGAUACACUCAAGGCAAAAGUGCUCAAAGAUGUCUUUCUGGAGAUGAACAUACCAUAUUCUGUUGUACGAGGGGAGCAGAUCCAGUUGAAAGGAACCGUUUACAAUUACAGGACUUCGGGGACAAUGUUCUGUGUUAGAAUGUUCGCUGCAGAGGGAAUCUGCACGUCAGGGGGCUCAACUGGUAGCCAUCAGGCCUCCAAGCCCUCCAGAUGUGCGCGCCAGAGUAUCGAGGGCUCCUCCACUCACUUGGUGACCUUCAGCCUGCUUCCUCUGGAAAUAGGACUCCUCUCCAUCAACUUCUCACUGGAGACUUCUUUUGGAAGAGAAAUCUUAGUGAAAACACUACGGGUAGUGCCAGAAGGGGUCAGAAGAGAAAGCUAUGCUGGCGUGACGCUCGACCCCAGGGGGAUUUAUGGCAUUGCUAACAGACGAAAGGAAUUCCCAUACAGGAUGCCAUUAGAUUUGGUCCCCAAAACCAGUGUUAAAAGGAUUUUGAGUGUAAAAGGACUGCUUAUAGGGGAGUUCCUGUCCACAGUUCUGAGUAAGGAAGGCAUCGACAUCCUGACCCACCUGCCUAGGAGGAGCGCGGAGGCAGAGAUCAUGAGUGUUGUCCCCGUGUUCUAUGUCUUCCAUUACCUGGAAGCGGGAAGCCACUGGAACAUGUUCUAUCCUGAUUCCUUAGCUAGGAAACAGAGCCUGCAGAAAAAAAUGAGAGAAGGGCUGGUGAGCAUCUCGUCCUACAGAAACAGUGACUAUUCUUACAGCAUGUGGAAGGGGGAAAGUGCCAGUACCUGGUUAACAGCGUUCGCUUUGAGAGUCCUUGGGCAAGUGGCCAAGUACGUGAAACAGGACCAAAACUCAAUCUGUAAUUCUCUGCUGUGGCUGGUUGAGAAGUGUCAGCUGGAAAAUGGAUCUUUCCAGGAAAAUUCCCAAUACAUGCCCAUAAAGUUACAGGGCACUUUGCCUGCAGAAGCCCAGGAGAACGCUUUGUAUCUCACAGCCUUUUCUGUGAUAGGAAUUAGAAAGGCUAUGGACAUUUGCCCCCUGAUGAAAAUCGACACAGCACUGACUAAAGCUGACUCCUUCCUGCUUGCAAAGGCUCUUACAUCCAAGAGCACCUUCACACUGGCCAUCGUGGCCUAUGCUCUUUCCCUAGGAGACAAAACCCACCCGCAAUUUCGUUCAAUCGUCUCAGCCCUGAAAAGGGAAGCUUCGGUUAAAGGUGAUCCACCCAUAUACCGUUUCUGGAAAGAUACUCCCCAAAGUGCAGAUAGCCCGGGACCUAACAGUGGCACAGCAGGUAUGGUGGAAACCACAGCCUACGCUUUGCUUACCUGCCUGAACCUGAAGGAGACAUACUAUGUCAACCCAAUCAUCAAGUGGCUGUCGGAAGAGCAGAGGUAUGGAGGCGGCUUUUAUUCCACCCAGGAUACCAUUAACGCCAUCGAGGGCCUGACAGAAUAUUCACUCCUAGCUAAACAACUUCAUUUGAAUAUGGAUAUCAACGUCUCCUACAAGCACAAAGGGGAUUUCUACCAUUAUAAGGUGACGGAGAAGAAUUUCCUUGGGCGGCCAGUGGAGGUACCUCUCAAUGAUGACCUCGUCGUCACCACAGGAUAUAGCAAUGGCUUGGCAACAGUACAUGUAAAAACUGUGGUUCACAAAACUAGUGUCUCUGAGGAAUUCUGCAGCUUUUACUUGAAAAUUGAUACUCAAGACAUUGACGCCUCCAGCUACUCCAGCCACAGUGACUCCGGACACAAGCACGUGGUAGCGUGUGCCAGCUACAAGGCCAGCAAGGGGGAGUCAGCAUCCGGGUCCUCCCAUGCAGUGAUGGAUAUCUCUCUGCCAACUGGAAUUGGAGCAAACCAAGAAGAUUUACGUGCUCUUGUGGAAGGAGUGGAUCAACUCCUGACUGAUUACCAGAUCAAAGAUGGCCAUGUUAUUCUGCAGCUGAAUUCAAUUCCCUCCAGAGAUUUCCUUUGUGUCCGAUUCCGGAUAUUUGAACUUUUCCAAGUUGGGUUUCUGAACCCUGCUACCUUCACGGUGUAUGAAUAUCACAGACCAGACAAGCAGUGCACCAUGUUCUAUAGCACCUCUGACAGCAGACUCCAGAGAGUUUGUGAAGGAGCAGCAUGCCGGUGUAUGGAAGCUGACUGUGGACAACUGCAGGCGGAGCUGGACCUGUCCAUCUCUGCAGACAAAAGGAAAGACACAGCCUGUAAACCAGAAAUUGCAUAUGCUUAUAAAGUUAAGAUCACAUCCACCACUGAAGAAAACGUGUUUGUCAAAUACACGGCGACUCUUCUGGAUAUUUACAAAACAGGGGAAGCCGCUGCUGAGAAGGACUCUGAAAUCACCUUCAUUAGAAAGAUGAGCUGCGGCAACGCCGCUCUGGUGAAGGGGAAGCAGUACCUUGUCAUGGGCAAAGAGGCUCUGCAGAUCAAGCACAACUUCAGUUUCAAGUACAUCUACCCUCUAGACUCCUCCACCUGGAUUGAAUACUGGCCCACAGACACGACGUGUCCAUCAUGUCCAGAGUUUGUAGCUAAUCUGGAAGAGUUUGCUGAAGACAUCUUUUUGAGCGGCUGUGAAAGCGCCUGAGGAAAUUUUGCUGUGCUGCUUUCCCCACGAACCGCAGUGGUGACGUUUUCUUCCCCUAGAAGCCACUCUUCCUUGGAAACUUAUCCUAAAAUUCACUGCACUUUCUUUUUAGUAAGGCACAAGUUGAAGUUAUGACUUUGUGAAAUAACAGAGCCUUGUGGGGCCAUGAAGACAGGCCCCCCAGGGAUAUCGGGCAUCGGCACCAAUAAAGCGAACCACACUGAACACGGCGGUUGGGAGUGAUUAUUGGGACCAAAAAA